AUGGAGGAGACGUAUCUUCUCAACCAUCCAGGAGUCAAAAAGAAGAUUCUGGCAGGAGGAACGGGACCGAUGCCACACUUUCCACCAGGAGCAAAGGUAGAGAGUCACACUUAACCUGAUGACCUGAAUAAUGUUACAAUUAAAAUAAAUGUGAUAGGAAACGUUGUCUAUUUUUAGCCGUGCGUUGUUCUGCCCACUUUUAUUAGAUCCUGUUGAAUUAUUCAUGAAGUCAGGGAGUUUAUUCUGUCUCUGGCACUUCCACACAGAGCAAACAUUUGGUCAACCAAAUUGCAACAUGUUUUUUGGCACAGUAUCUGUGUUUCUGUUCAGCCACUGAUCCGUUGGUCGCAGACUUUUUUUCCUUUCCUACUCAAAUCCAGCCAUAUGGCAACUUUCCUGCACACUGUGACAAACAUUUUCCAUGACAAUGUCAGCAUGGAUUUCCAUUUACCCUGGUGUUCAGUGUGUGUUCCCUCCCAGGUGAGGUGAUUCCCACUUGCUCGCACAGUAAUUAGACCCUUAUACACAAGCUGUCAUGCUAUAAAUGGAGGGGGUUACAAAGAGCCAACGCAGUUUUACAGUCAGAGUGAUGAAAACGCUUUGUUGGUCUUUCACAUGCAGAAAAACAGAUGGGUCACAUAAUGACAGCCAGUAUGUUUUCAGUUCAGAAUAAGAAAUAGAAAAUGUUCAGCUGAGGUUUAAGCCGAUUACGUUCAUAAAUCAUCUUCAAAACCAAAUCAAAAUCUGCACUGAGGUGCUUCAUAAGGACAGACGUGGCAUAAAAAAGACAAAAUAUAAACAUACAAGAAAAAUCACACUUAAAAGCAAGGCAAGGCAAGUUUAUUUGUAUUGCACCAAUUACACACGAGGCAAUUCAAAGUGCUUUACAGAUGCAAGGAAAUACAUAAAAAAAUGAAAAAGGGGGAGAUUAAAACAGUUUGAAAUCAAAAAGACAAACAGAUAUAUAUAUAUAUUUCAAAGUAGGUCUUAAGAUGUGUCUUCGAGGCCUCAACAGAGUUCAUCUGUCUAAGCCAAGGAGCAGCUACCCUGAAUGCCCUGUCCCCAACCGUUUUCAUUUGCAAACACAGCAGAGCCAGAGUGAGGAUCCAAGGAUCUGGUGGUUCUGUAAGGAGGGUAAAGUUCUGAGACACAUAUAGGGGUGAGACCAUGGAGAGAUUUGUUUAAAAAAAUGAGAAGAAUUUUGAAAUGAACAGGGAGCCAACAUUAGGAAGUUUAGAUGGGGGUAAUGUGGUGAUGUUUCUUUGUCCUUGUUAAUAUCUGGGCAGCAGCAUCUUGAUCAAGCUGUGAAUUGUUGUUUGAGAGAUACUACAGUAAAGUGAGUUGAAGUAGUCCAGUCUGGAUGAAUGAUAACUCUGCAAGAACAACUGUUUUGAGAUCAGAGGGCAAUGGGAAAUGCUUUAUUUUGGAUUUUGAUCAUUAAUUAUUUACUUCUUCUCUUUGCCUCCUCUUUUCUUUCCAGCUGGUUUUCCAUUUCCAGACACUGUUGGACAACUUUGAACGGACAGUAAUCGAUGACAGCAGACUGGCUGGCAGGCCGGCUGAGAUCUUUGUUGGAAAGAUGUUUAAGAUGGAAGUCUGGGAGACCCUGCUGACAUCCAUGAGGAUUGGAGAGGUGGCUGAGUUCUGGUGUGACGCUGUGGUGAGUCAAGCAAUCAGGUUCAAAUUUUAGCAAAUCUAGAAAUACUUUGGUGAUGUUUUAAUUCCACUAGACCCAAAGUGCACACUACUUUUGACACAUCAACUGAGUCAUCCAGGAUGUUUUAUAGGUGAAAUCUGACAUUCAAAAGCACAGAAGUGGUCUUACUUAACUGUGAUACAUGGAAAGUGAUUUAAAAAUACUCAUGCACAAAUGAAAUGACAUGGUAAUUUGCAAGUAUUAUCGCCACACACGUAGUUCUAGUUUUACACAGUUAUUAUAUUUGAGUGGGGGAAUUGUUCCUCAUUAUGAUGUACAUGAAUCAGCCUCCUGAUGUCUUCUCCAUGCUCAGUGUUGAAAUACACGCAGAGCAAUCUUAGCGAGCAAAUAUUAGUUUUUCUCUCCUAGAGAAAACUCUAAUUUGCAAGUUAAAUUGUGUCCAUUUCCUGUGUUUUCCUCAUAGGGCUGAUUGGCACAGCCUGACUCUGGCAGCACCAUGGGGGGGGGGGGGGGGGGGGGGGUUAGCAUGAAUAAGUGCUGCUUCGCCUUGUCAUGGGCUUGCAAUGUUUUUCUUGAUGAGUUUAUUUUGCAGCACACAGGCUUAUACCCCAUCGUUUCCAAGGGAAUGAGGCUGAUCGCUCAAGGGAGAGACCCUUUGGAAGGCCAGAGACACAUGUGCGGCAUGGGCAACAUGUUUCAUUAUCACUCCACUGGCUACCCAGAGCUGGACGAGCUAAUGAGAACCCCUCAGUCUCUUAUAUUCAUAAUGGAGUUAAUACAGGUAAGCACUAGAAGCAAGAAACUGUCAUACUGGAAAGAAGCGAUGUCGAAAAUACUCUGCUGUGUUUUUUUCCUCUAAACAAGACUUUCUCCGAAUGAAGCAUGUGUAAACAUAAGCCGACAGUAAAAAAGAAAAGGCAUUACCUUUUUAUCUAACCCUCUUCAAGAACUGUGACACUCCUACACACCCUGCUUUUAGAUCUGCUGACAGAAGUGACAAAAGAAAAAUUCCCACUCAGCCCGAAACCUUCAGCUUUGAAAUAAUAUAUUAUCCAGAACUAGCUUUACUCUCUCCAGGAGGUCCGGCAGCAGUAGAAUUGAAUUAAAUCCCUUCCUAUUUCUUAUAGUUUCACAUGCUUUUCUUCCCACCAGUCGAAAACUCUUCAGCAGAAGCACUCAGAUCUUGAAGUGAGAGCAGGAGCAUCACAAUGUAGAAAUCUUAGAUUGCAAUCAAAUUCGUGGUUUUAGAAGUUCCUUCAAAAGUUCACUCAUUUUGCUCAGUGGUUAAGAGUCAGAUCUGAAGCACAGGGGCUUCAGUGGCCCAGGUUUUGUUCUUACCAAAAUCCUAACUGUGAUCUAACUUGAAACCCAAUCAAAACUCCAAACCCAAUCCAUACUCUAAAAUUAACCCCCAAAACCAAACCCUUUUAAAACUUAAAGGGAUAUUCCAGCUUUAAAUUAAUUUAGGGUCAAACACACCUUAACACUGAGUUAGACAGUCCGUCGAGAGAUGAGUGUUGCCAACCGCUUUCUUCUCUAGUUCUACCAACUUUAGUAACGACCGCACAAUAGCAAUAUAGAGAACCACGCACUCAACCAAAACGCCACUCUGUAGCCACAAAUAAUGCUCAGAACAGCACCUAACUUCAUCAACAGUACAUAUAGGGUCCUAGCCAUAGUACUAGCCACCAAACAUCUUUUUAGCUUUGCCUAAUUUCUUUAGCAAAGAGACUAAACACAACUCACCUACUCUCUUUCAGCAGCUGCUUGUUAGCAGCAAGACCUCAGGACAGUCCAUUACGGACUGCUGCGGGUUGACACAGCUCAAGGAAGAACAUUUAUGAUCAUUAGGCAGAAGAACUACCGUGUCUGCAGUGCAAAAUGAUUAAUUAGAUGAUUAUUACUUCAAGGAAAUGAUAAAGUAAUGGUUGAACGUGUGGCUCUUGAGACCGCUGUGUAUUGCUAUCGUGUGGUCGCUACUAAAGUUGGUAUAACUAGAGAAGCAAGCGGACGACAACAUUCAUCUCUCGACGGGGUGUCUAACUUGAUGUUAUGGUGUGUUUGACCCUAAAUUAAUUUUACGCUGGAAUAUCCCCCAGAACCUUUUCUUAGUCUGUGCCCAAAAAUCGGCCCCUAACUAAACCUGAAUCCCUUGAGCUAAACCCAAACCCUACACCAAUUUUUAAUCCUACCUUUAUCCUAAUCCCAAACAACUCUGAUCUGUUGCAUUCUCCUCUGGCCCCUGCUGCCUCCAGGUGGGAGACCCCAUGUCCUACCACAGAGAGUCGUGGAUGAUGGAAAAGGAUGAGAAGCUGCAGACGGUGCCAACUCUCCACAUGCAGGGCAACCAACUGGUCAAGCAGAAAAAAUUCAGAGAGGCUGCCAGCAAGUACAAAGAGGCUGUCCUGCUGCUGAAAACAGUCCAGUCUAGAGUAAGUGAAUGGUUCAGGAAAUGAGAAAGGAUAGAGGAGGUGAAAAAAAUGAAUGAUGUGCAGGAUUGUGAAUUGUGAGGUUGUCUCAGGAUUUCAGGUUUUUGGGACAUUGCCUCUCUCUUCCUGUGGGGAAUCCAUGUUUUCCUGUUUUGCUGUUCUCCACAGCGUCCCUGAUUACAAGCAGAAGGGUAGGAGGGCUGAAAAGAAAAGAGGAAGGAAGUACAGAGGGUGUCGAAGAUGAGCGGGGCAUGUUAGGAUGGAAGAAAUACUGUGGGGAGAACAUGUUGUGUAUCAGAUGCGAUAAGCGAGAGUGAAGAGUUCUUUUUGUGUUUGAGUGUGGGUUUUGGCAGCUUUUGACAUGCUAACAAGUUUGAUGUUGGAGGCCUUCAGAUACUUGGACAAAACCGCUUGUAUAGCUCUGUCGGGCAGAGAUGGGUGUCCUAGCGCCAUGAUAUGUAUAAAUGUGAGAAAAAAAAUUACUCCAACACCGAGGAUCCACAUGAAUUUUUAAAAUAUGUGUAGGAGAGACCGAAGAACAUAAAAGCAGUACUGAUCAUGUUCUUUUCUCCUGGGCAUGUGUGUGUGUGUAUGUGUGUGUGUGAUUGUAGGAGAUGCCAGGUGAUAUAGACUACAUUAAUUUGGGUCGAAUGAUCAUCCCCCUGGAGUUGAACUACUGCCAGUGCAUGCUGGAGCUGGAGGAGUAUUAUGAGGUGAUAGAGCACACCUCUGAACUGCUGGAGAAACACAAAGGUAAAUUGGUCAAACUUCACAAAUUGGGUCUGAUUGCUAACUAGAGCUCUGUUUUUCUUGGUGCAAAACACACUUCAAUCGAACUUAUCCAGAGGAGCACGCUUUUUAAUCUCGACGACUUCACAUUCAGCUUCACCACUCUGAAAAGGGUGCAGAGAAUAAAAAGAAAUGCAGAAAGAGGGAUGCAAACAUUACGGAAGAGGACAAGGGCCUCUGAAAAAUAAAGAGGUCUGAUAUAAUUUUCUUAAAAAAUUAUUUUUUUUCUGAGAAAAAAAGUCAGAAUUCUGAGAUUAAAGGGAUAUUCCAGAGUAAAAUUCAUUUAGGGUCAAACACACCAUAUCACAGAGUUAGACACCCCCUCGAGAGAUGAAUGUUGCCGGCCGCUUGCUUCUCUAGUUGUACCAACUUUAGUAACGACCGCAGGAUAGCAAUACACAGCGGUCUGAGAAGCCAAUAACAAACCUCAACCAAAACGCCACUCUAUAGUCACAAAUAAUGCUCAGAACAGCACCUAACUUCAUCAACAGUACAUACAGGGUCCCAGCCAUAGCACUAGACACCAAACAUCUUUUUAGCUUUGCCUAAUUUCUUUAGCAAAGAGACUAAACACAACUCACUCACUCCCCUCUAGCAGCCGCUUGUUUGUAGCGAGACCUCGGGACAGUCCAUUACGGACUGCUGUGGGGUGACGCAGCUAAAGGAAGAACAUUUAUGAUCAUUCAUCUCUCGAGGGAUUGUCUAACUCUGUGAUUCGGUGUGUUUGACCCUAAAUUAAUUUUACGCUGGAAUAUUCUUUAAAGUCAGAAUUAUGACUUUAAUCUAAGAAUAAUAUUUUUAAAAAAUCAUGUUGGAUUCCAGUAAAACAUUAAUGCUUGUUGUUGUUGUUGUUGUUGUAUGAAGGAGAGCCCGAGGAUGUUUAAGGCAGUUAAUUGCCCUCUAUAAGUUUAGGUUAUUGGACCUAGCUAGGCUUUAGCCAAACUUAGCUAACAACCUUCUUACGGUUAAACAGGAUAUAAGGGAUUAGUUUAGCAUUAAGUUGCCAAAAAAGAGAAAUGCAACAUUAAACUGCUGCUUUAAAAAGGAGACAGAAUAGUACGCUGAAAGGUGAAGUGAUAUCGUGAGUAAUAUUUUAGUGAUACAGAUAAUUAGGCACCGGCUAGCUCAGCUUCUGGUGCUCAUGAUACUGUCUUUUUCUUACACCAUAAAGAAGGCUCUUCGUUACAGAGUUACAACUGCUGGAUCUGAGCACUGUGGCAAACAGCAAAUUUCACAUGUUGUAAAAAGUUGACAGGUCAGGGUCUAGUGCCUCGGCUGGCUGAAUUGCAGUAGCUCUAGCGUGUUGCGUAUCCUGUGAAAAGUGUGUGCGAGGGCUUUACAGCUGGAGCAGCCCCGGGAAUGGUACUGUCACACCCAUGGCAACUCACGUAAUCCUGGAGGAGCUCACAUGUUGACACACUAUCCACUUCAGAGCCCCAUGAAUUAUCCCCCUCACCCAGAGACUGGAUCCACAGGGGCAGUCUUCAUUUUACUUCGAGGAUUCACAAAGUUAAGUGUGUGUGUCAGGAGUAAGGCAUGUGCACCUCUAUGCAUGUGUGAGAUUAUGUGGCGAGAGGAUGGAGGGUGUAAACCUGCCUGAAUUUGUGUGCUCCACUGGCCCAGUUCAAGCUGCAGCACUCUUCAAAAGGCUCAUAAAAAGAUCCACCCAACAGCAGCAACACUCCACCUUUGCCUUAUCCUCCUUUUCCCUCUUUAUUAGUCUUCAGCUGCCUCUUUUCAAUCUCCUUUAAACCACGCAUUUAGAUUUAUGUCUCUCUUUUCUCAUUUUUCCUCAUCCACUCAGUCUCUUUCCCAUUCUCAUCAAUGUCAUGUUGUCUGUGUCUGUUCAAGUCAACCACUCGACUGUUGUGUCUAUUAAACUCAGUUGGUCUUUUGCAGAGCAGCCAGUGGGGGCUUAUUGCAGAGCUUCUGCCUCUGCUGGAGGCAACGAAGAAAUUUGUUCAAAUGUUGGCUUAAUCGAGAGUUAGCAUUAGGGGAAAUCAAAUUCAGAUGAAGAGAGAAAAUCUUAGUCAUGAGUGAGCACCUAACAAAGCAAAUGAAUGUAUUCUGCUGAAACAGAGGCAGUGCUGUGUGAGUUAAAGGAGAGAUACUUUUGUGUGAAGGUAAAAGGUGAUUGGGGCUUGUCUUGUGCUAAAACAGUGAGUGUGGUUCUAUUAUUAUUGUUAUCCGUAGUAGUAGUGGUUAUAAUUUAUAUACUUUUAAUGCACCUUUAAAGAAAACAAUUAGACUGUCUCUCAAACAUAUCCCAAUGCAACAAAAACCAGGCUAGUUUACCUGCCAGUAAGAUAUGCUAAGUGAAUGCUGGCCUUGGCCCUGUAUUUAUUAACUAAUAACAAGUUCUUUAGCAAAUGAGGAACUUGCAGAUAUUUCAAAUUAAUACGGGGAAAAUUACAGGAAAAAAGGCUAUUUUUCAUUUGAUUCUCUAUUCCCAGACCUUAAACUGCUCAAUUUAGGUCUUCAUUUUUCUCGUAAGUGCCAUUAUUUUUUUUCUUCUUCAAAAUCAAAAUAUAUUUUUUUAAAGCAUAAUUAGCUCCUCGGAUCACAUUAACAUUCUUGUUUGCUUUUGAGGAAUCAUUCACACAGUGAGAGCAAUCUUUACUUGUUCAAAUUCAAGUCUCAGCUUUGUGAAAAGUUGUCAGAGUGGUUUCACUUUAAGGAAAGAAGUAGUAAAAAAUAUAAAAUGAUUAACAUGUAUUUAAAUUUCUCAAAUAGACACAUUUUAGAUUUCUUCCAUGCAAGAACGUCCUUACUGGAGAUGAUGGAUGAAGGAUCAUUUGAUCAGCAAAAUAGCCAGGACUAUGUCAGUGUGAAUGUGUCACAAAAUUGUAUGACAGUCUGAAUAAUGUUAUAAAAAUGUAUGCAUCUUUGGACCUGACUGCUCUUAGAUCUUUUAUUUUAAUGUCCUACAUAUAUAAUCAUAUAUUUGAUUGUUUAUCUUAAAUAGGGAGCGGGCAUGUCAGAAUUCAGUCAUUUGUGGUGGGAAGGUGAUUUAUUUCUUUACACUUAGAGUAGGGCUUGGCGAUGAAAUGAUUACUAUAUAUAGCGAAAAUUAACUUCCCUCAAUACCAAUAUAAAACAUGGUCAAUAUGUUUUUCGAUAGUUGGCAUUCUGCCAUAUUUUGGUAGACUGCUCCGGGUCCACUUUGCACUGAACCAAUCAUGUGCUGAAUUAGAACCAAGUAGUAAACAACUGCGUAAUAUCAGGCAGCAGCUACGCGCAACCAUAGCACUUUAACACGUGAAGCUGACAGCACUGUCGGUGAGAAAAAAAGGAAAUGAGUGCUACCCCCAGCAGAAAUCGAUAUUGACUUUUAUGAAAAUAUAUAUUGUAUAUGAAAUAUAUAUAUUGUGAUAAACUUUUUCCGUAUCGCCCGGCCCUACCCUAGAGGAUAGACUUUCAUACGCAGGAAGUUCUUUUUCUGGGUCAGACUUCAGUAAGGAAUAGAGAUGCAGCGUGUUUAUGUUGCUGGUCUAAUAUGUUAUGCAAACUCAGAGAAAUACACAUCCAGAUACUGAAUGCAGACAAAUCCCUACCUUGGUUCAGUACAAAGGGCAGGUUUUUUUGUUGAAUAUCUACCUGUUCAUAACUCUAUGUAACUUUUAUUUCUUGUGGUGUUUUUGUCAUCUGUCUGAAUCUCAGAUUGUGUGAAAGCCUACUACAAGAGAGCGAAGGCCCAUGCUGCCGUGUGGAACGAAAAAGAAGCCAGGAGGGACUACAACAUGGUGUCCACACUGGACAUCUCGCUGACCUCUCUUGUGAGCCGAGAGCUGAGGGCCCUGUCUGAGCGAAUGAAGGAAAAGUACUGGGAGGAAAAGGAGCAAUACUGGAACAAGCUCGAGAAAAAGGAGGACAAAAAUGAACAAGAGGAAAAUAAGGAGGACAAAGAAGGGCAAGAGGACAGUGAAAGUUUGACCACAGAGGAUAAGGAUGAAGUAAAGGUGGAGGGAAAACCUCCAUCAGAAGAAGUCCAUGAACAGGAGCUUAAGGGGAAUAAAGACACACCAAGUGAGGGAGCAGGAGACAAAGAGGAAGCAAACACGUCUAAGGCUGAUCAAAAUGCCUCCGACGUCACAGAGGGGAAGGACUGGCAGCAGAUGUUAAAACUCGUCAUGUACCUGCAGAAAGAAGGAAACUUCCUCAUCAAGGAAAAAAAAUAUGAGGAGGCGACUCCGAAGUUCAAGGAGGCAUUAGAGUAUGUGGACUUCCUUCAGAAAAAGGUAAGUACAAGAGGCGUGUUGUGAAAGUUUAGUCUUGGCAAUGUUUUAUUUCCUCUGGCAGAUCGAGUCAGGUCUCCCUGUUCGGACUGGAUUUCCAUCAGGCUUGAUUCAGAGUCGAGCCAGUCUCAAAAGUUUACCUUAUACAGGCUGGGCUAAGUCCUGUUUAGAUGCUUCUGUACAUAAACAUCAUGGAUGCCUCUUUUUGAGGCAGAAAGUGGCUGUAAGAUUUUUUUUAGCGUUGUUGACAUCUGAGAUGGCUGCAAGUAUAUUUGUGAACACCCAAUAAUGACCAUGUUUAAGGUAUUUUUUCCACUGUUAUCAACAUGAAACUAACACAGUAGCUUGUUUCAUUCAUGUCAGGUCCAUAAACACUGUAAAUAUUACAUUUCAAAUUAAGCUGUUUUUGUGGGAAUGACUGUCCACACAGACACAGUUUUUGGACCAUAAUAACUGUCUCCAAUCUGAGCCGUUCAUCCAGAUGAGUUUGUUGUAAAUGCCAGGAAGUUGUCUCAUUAAAAGCAUCGUAGCUUGCAAACCAUGAUCAGCUGUCAUUGUGGUGUUUUCACUAAAGAGCAGCUGUGGCAUCGAAGGCAUGCUAGCAAAGUGAAGAGCAGAGGAAAGAGCACUAAAAAUAACAACUAUCCACAGAGAUAUCACUGUGACAGCGCUCGUCUGUGUUUCUUCUUUUUUCUUUAGACUCCAUCACUCCUGCACAGUCCAACUCCCUGCUGUCUUCGGUCUCCUCCUCCUCCACCUUCAUUCCCCCUCCUUCUCCUCUAAUAAUCAUCCACCUUUUAACCCUCUAUUUCCAGCAUCUGUCAUCCUUCUUAUUCCCAAAACCCUUACAGCGUCAUCUCGCUGUCUUUUGUCCAGCUCUUUCAUUCUUGCUUCAUCUUUUUAACAUUUUCUCUGCCAUCCAUCACCACCACCACCUUCCCGCUAACAUUGUUCUCUCUGUGUUUUCUCAGCAGGCGGAUCGACAGACAGAGGACUGGGAGUCACUGGAGAAAGUGCGUCUGCCGCUGACUCUCAACCUCAGCCAGUGUUUGUUAGAGCUCAAACAGUACCAGCAAGUGGUGGAUCUCAACAACAAGCUGCUGAAGAAACAUAAAGGUAAUAAAGUCAGUUUAAAUAAGACAAGGCACGUGCGAAUGUUUAAGCGUGCUAAUUUUUCCUAACACACUAUCAUUUUUUAAAGUGAGCUCCAAAAUAUCAAGAUGCUGUGAGUUUACAAAUGCCUUGCCCUCAGCAAACGGCUGUCUCUGCACUGCAACAAUCCUUGAUCUGUGUUUACAAGAGAGAGAAGGAACCAAACACUCAGCACCACAUUGCUGAGUCUCUCUUUCUUUCCCCUCAGCACCCACCCGUGGACAUCACAGUCGAACAAGAUCUCAUUGUUUUCUUUUGUUUCUGCUGUGCCUGAAUUAUUUAUAGUGUAGGCUGAUGUGAAAUGGUUGUUCUUAUGCUCUCCUUUUCCCUUCAUUUAUUUCUCUCUUUUGCCUCUCUUGUGUCUCAGUGCUCUUGUUUCAGAAGGUUACUUCUCUGCUUGCUGUUUUUUUCCUACUUGACCUCGUCUUGCAAACCUCCUGAUCAUCUUAGUUUUUUUUUAUCAUUAAACUACUAAAAAUUCAUUUCUUACUUCACAGGGAACUUUAAAGCCUUGUACCAACGAGCACGAGCACACGCUGCAUUGUACAAUGAGGAAGAAGCCCGGCGAGACUACGAACUGGUGGAGAAACUGGACCCAAAGUUUAAACCCUACAUCCGCCAGGAGCUGAAAAAGAUGGCUGAUGGCUUACGCAUAAUCCACUCCAACCAGAAUAAGACCUACUGGGAUACAACGCAGGAGAAGUGGGGGCCUGGUGGAAGCAAGACAAAGAGUGCUACAAGGAAAAAUGAAGUUAAAAUUUCGCAGAAAGCUCCUGAAGAAAAACACGAAGCUGACAAGACGACAGAAAACAGAGGAAUAGAAGAAGAGGAAAACUCAGAGGAUCCUUCCCCUGCUGAGAUGGAGGCAGCAGAUGAUACAGAGACAGAGAACAAGCCAGAUGCAAAAGCAGAGCUGAGUAAUAAAGAGCCACAGAGUGGGAGAGAGAGCGGAGAGGGGUUGGAUAAUAAAAAUAUGGAGAGGGUCGUGGUUCACGAGGACAGGCAGGACACAGCAGAUAAUGGAGCAACAGAGGAAGAUAGCAAUUCAGAGGCCACCGGCACAGGCAGAGAUAAUGUAGUGAGCAAAAGAUCAGCACACGAUAAGGCCAAAGAGAAGGUCAGGUGCCAAUCAAGCGCCGCACAGGGCUCCAGCAGAACAAGCCAGGGGGACAAAGGCAGCGGUGAUGAGGCAGAAAGAGGUGACACUCAAUCAGAGUAA